GGCAACAACAAAACCCAAAUCCAGUUCCCUGAUGGGGAUGACAAUGCAAAUCGAUUAACUUCAGUGGGUGACCAAGAAGGAAGAAGACUGAUGGAGGACACAGUGUACAGCACAAGCUCAAUACCUCCUCUUGUUUCUCAGACUGACUCCCCAGACAAGUUGGUGAUUUGGGGCUCUGAACAGCAAUGUAUGGAGCCUCAGCUGAGAGAAUUUGAGGUUUUGGAGUGCCAGGAGAUACAUGCAUUCUUGGGGAACAGGGAUCAGGAUGAGGACGAAGACGAUGGUGGAAGUUUGAGAGAUGGAAAAGACGAGGGUCCCAUGUCAAUAUCCUCCAGCUCAACUGCCAGCUCUGCCUCAACUGGAGCGAGGAGAAAUGACAAUGACAGCAACAAAGUGGAGGGCAGAAUACAGAGGGGCAAAGAGGUGCAGAAAAGGAUUGCCUGUCACAGCACCGAAGAGCUAGACACAUGUGUGACAGGCUCAAUAGAGAGAAAAGACACCAGGUCAGGAAGAGUAGGAAACAGAGAGAGACAAAAGGGAGGUCUGAAGGAGUCCAAGUCAGAGACAAAUGUGUUUGUCUCAAGUCUUUCAGCUGUUGCCCUCAGCGGGAGUCUAUCAAGUGCGCUUGACACUAGCGUAGAAGCCCAUACUUUCAUCUCGAUGUGCAACUCCAAGAGCAACCUUUAUCCCAACACAAACAACACUACCUCAGCCGAGACAAGAAGAAGGGCAGCUCCUGUAGAUGCCAACCAGACCUCCCCUCCAUUGCAUCCUCAGGAGAAGCCUCGCAUUCCUCAGUUCUACAGCCAGGAUCGAAGACAUGAGGAGAAAAGUCUGCAAAGAAAUGAAUCCUCUUCUGAUGUGGGUUUUGGCCAAAGAAGGAAAGCUGGCUUUGAGGAGCGGGUCAUGCCACCACGACGGCAGCAGCUUGUCAGACCCCUCUGUCAGACGGAGACAGGAAGUGCAAAGAAAUCAGCAGAGCCCAAUGACCAACAGGUUGAAACAGGGCCAUCUUUUUUCCCAAAACCCACUCUAGAUUCACACAGUUGUGAAUCUAACAGAAAGUUUACAAAAUCCUCUUUACGUGAACCAUCCGAUUUCUCAUCCCUCUACCACGCAUCCGGAGUCUUACAGCCUAGACAGCCAAACCCCGCAGUCCAGAGGGAGGCUCGUCCUGUAGAGAAACAGCCAGUUACAACUGCAUGGCGGAACUCAAGUCCUGCCAAUCCCUCCUCUCUUGAGAAGAGACCCCAGACUCAGCUUACAUACAGAAGGAAUUGCUCCAGUCCAAACAGGACAGGGGUUGAUUCUAGGUCAUCGACCCCUCCCCACUCCCCUCUCAGGACACCCCAGGGUUCACCACGCAGGCAAUCCUCCAUGUACCUCGUUUCCAGGAAUGUCCCUGGAGUCGUUCGACACAUCCCAGGAUGCAACCCUGCUGUAACAACAUCAGCUCAGGGCUAUGGCAACAGUUGCAUGAGAGCACCAGUCAAAACUAACAUAAGCACAAGUGGAAUCCCAAAAGCGCCUCUUAACAACCAGCAGAGCUCAAGCCCCAAAGAGAGCUCCCCAUCACCUAAACUUAAACCGAAAGGAGUUCGGCCCAAAAUCAUCACUUAUGUCCGAAAGAAUCCUCAGUUUAAGCCUCAAGCUGCUGAUGGACCUUAUCAGGUAUCCUCUCUACCAUCCAGGCUUUCAGCAUACACACAUGGCCAAACAACCACUUCUUUCAAAGACACCACAAGAGACCCUUCCAAGCCUGAAGCAGAAACCAGAGGACCCCCCGUUCUUAGUGCCUCUAAUCUGCUAUAUGACAAGUACCGCCAAGAGAUGCAGACAAGCAUCUUCCCAUCAGGUGUGCUGAGCAGGAGUAUCAGGGCCCCUGGACAUACACACACUGUCCCACCUGCACACACUCACAGCCACACAGCACCUCCAAAAUUGGGCAGCAAGGCAGACUUCUAUGGGGCACCAUCAGAGAUGGGCAGAUCUUCCAGUUUAAAAGGCAGCACUGCUGAGGAUGCACUGCAGGCUCGAACAGCCACUCAUGCCGGAGGAAGCGGCAGUCUCUUGCGCACUGGCCGGGGUCUGCGUCUGGGUCUCGGAGCCGUCAACAGGGCGGCUACAGGGUCAGCCAAGGGCAGAGGACUAGGUCAAGGUCAGAAAUCAAGCCUUGUCAUCAGCCAGCCUAUCCAGCCUGUCAGCCCAGCGCAGAGUCAGAAAAGCCAAGAUAACACAGAUGAUGUUUUUACCCAUGAUGCUCCUGUUCCAGCCACAGCAGCAGCUCAGCCACACCCUUCCACCUCCAGGUCCACGCUUACUAAAACGAGCCAGUCAGGUCUGCGACCCCCGGGCUUCAGCUCCAGCCGCCACCCCGCCGGUCGCUUGGCAGCUUUUGGCUUCGUUAGGAGCUCCAGCGUGUCCUCUGCCACCUCCGCUCACUCGGCCGACAGCACACAGAGCGACCCCUGCAGGACAGCUCACC